AUGUCCACUGCUGAAUCUGCCCCAACCAAACCAGCCGCCAAGCCAAAGGCUACCCCAGCCGCCAGCACCACUGCCCCAGCAGAGAAGCGUAAGAUCCCAAAGGGAAAGUCAUCAAAGCCAGCUCAAUCUCGUUCCGCCAAGGCUCACAUUGUCUUCCCAGUCUCUCGUAUCGAACGUUUGUUGCGUGAAGGUCGUUAUGCUCCACGUGUCGAAUCCAAUGCUCCAGUCUAUUUGGCUGCCGUCUUGGAAUACUUGGUAAUUGAAACCCUCGAACUUGCCUACAAUACCUGUCACAACUACGGUAAGACUCGUAUCACUCCACAACACAUCAACUGGGCUGUUGGUAACGAUCUCGAGCUUAACCAACUCUUCCAAAAUGUAACCAUUGCCAAUGGUGGUGUCAUUCCAAACUCUGCUCAUCUCCAAACCAAAUCAUCCAAGAAGGGUAAGAAGAGCACCAAGGCUGAGGCUUCCCAAGGUUUCUAA